AUGGCCCCAAUUCAGUCUUUGGACCUCUGGUCAAAUCUCAUCACCCGCACUGCUAGCGUACACCACACUCGAGUGCCUCUUAUCCAAGGCGUUGCCAUUGGCCUCGUUUCGCUGGCAUUUGUCAUCUGCACAUUGCGCCUCGCCAUCCGCUUGAGCAGACACACCACAAGCUAUGAAGAUGGUUUCAUCGCAUUCGCCAUGCUCUUCUCGGUCUUGGAAAGCGCAGUUGCCUAUCUGUCAGCUCAAAAUGGCUACGGAGCUCUUGUGUCUACUCUAUCCGAUAAACAGCUAGCUAGAGCUCUCAUGUGGUUCUGGUGGGCUCAAGUAAUGUACAAACUCACCAUCUGGCCUACUAAGCUCUCGAUCCUCUUCCUCUACCUCCGCGUCUUCGGUGACACACCCAACGUCACUUCGUUUGGUGUUAAUUUCCGCAAAUUUGUGUACGGACUUAUGGCCUUCUCCGCCGUCUUCUGUGUCAUCACACUGAUCGUCAACGUUCUCACAUGCAUUCCUGUCAAGCACUACUGGGACAAGAAUUCUUCUGGCCAUUGUGGCGUCGACCCCUUCAGCUGGUGGCUGUCACAGUCUCUUCUCAACACCAUAUCUGAUAUACUGAUUCUUGUCUUGCCUAUGCCGCUUGUCAAGAAUCUGCUUCAGAUCCCGGCCCGUCAGAAGCUCGGUCUUUGCUUGGUCUUUGGACUCGGCGGCUUUGUGGUCAUUGUGACUAUUAUGCGUAUCACGACUUUCAAGUCAGGAGGCUUGGGCGAUGACAUAACUUAUGACGGUGCUGUCACGCUAUGCUGGACUCUAGUCGAAACCAACGUGGCCAUCAUCUGCGCCUGUUUGCCGCUGCUUCGCCCAUUCAUCGCUCGCAUGAUUCCUGGAUUCUGUGGCCGCUCUGGUCUUCGCAGCACCAACAGCUACCCCAUGGUCCAGCCCACCACAACAGACGAUGCUACUGGCAAGCCACGCAGCAGCCAUGUCCCCGAAAGAAUGCGCCCUCGCUCAUGGGUUGGCAUUGAGACGGUCAUAGGUCAUGGCUCGGAGCAAACCUCUGGUGUCGGCAUCCACAAGCAGAUGGAUGUUGACAUAACCACGGAGGCUGUGAGCAUCUGCGGCACCGAUUCUCUGCGCCGCCUCACCUGUCAACAUGACGAAGUCACGAUCAACGAUUCCAGAGACUCAGAGUCUACGACUGAACGCAAAUAG